AGAUAGGCUAACAAAAUGAACUACUGUAUGCAAGAAAUAUAUGAAGUGCACCCAGCUGCUGGUAGCAAUUGCUACAUGCAGUCCACUGAUUAUUGCACAUAUAUUGAAGAUAAUCAGGGUUACAGCAGUUGUGAUGCUCAGGUCCUGCACAGUAACAACAUAUAUAUGGAACAGGCCUGGGCGGUGAAUCAGCCUUAUACCUGUAGUUACCCUGGAAACGUGUUUAAAAGCGAGUACUCUGACAUGGACAUGGCCCUGAAUCAGUACAACCAACCUGAAUUUUUCACAGAAGAAAAACCUACUUUUUCUCAAGUGCAGUCGCCAUCGUACUCUCAGAAGAAAGGGUACAUACCCAGUUACUUAGACAAGGAUGAGCUAUGUGUAGUAUGCGGGGACAAAGCCACCGGAUAUCAUUAUCGCUGCAUCACUUGUGAAGGCUGCAAGGGUUUUUUUAGAAGAACCAUUCAAAAGAACCUCCAUCCAACCUAUUCCUGUAAAUAUGAAGGAAAAUGUGUGAUAGACAAAGUAACAAGAAAUCAGUGCCAGGAAUGUCGCUUCAAAAAAUGUAUCUUUGUUGGCAUGGCAACAGAUUUGGUGUUGGAUGACAGCAAGAGGUUGGCAAAACGGAAACUGAUAGAAGAGAAUCGAGAGAAGAGACGUCGGGAAGAGCUGCAGAAAACCAUUGGGCACAAACCAGAGCCAACAGAUGAGGAAUGGGAGCUCAUCAAAAUUGUUACUGAAGCACAUGUGGCCACCAAUGCACAAGGAAGCCACUGGAAGCAGAAAAGGAAAUUUCUGCCAGAAGAUAUUGGGCAGGCACCAAUAGUUAAUGCCCCAGAAGGUGGGAAAGUGGAUUUAGAAGCCUUCAGCCAGUUUACAAAAAUUAUCACACCAGCGAUUACAAGAGUGGUGGAUUUUGCCAAAAAGUUGCCUAUGUUUUGUGAGCUGCCAUGUGAAGACCAGAUCAUCCUUCUGAAAGGCUGCUGUAUGGAGAUCAUGUCCCUCCGAGCAGCAGUUCGCUAUGACCCCGAGAGUGAGACUUUAACACUAAAUGGGGAGAUGGCGGUGACAAGGGGCCAGCUGAAAAAUGGGGGUCUUGGCGUAGUUUCUGAUGCCAUUUUUGACCUGGGCAUGUCUCUUUCUUCAUUUAACCUGGAUGACACCGAGGUUGCCCUUCUUCAAGCUGUUCUGCUCAUGUCAUCAGAUCGCCCAGGCCUUGUUUGCGUUGAGAGAAUAGAAAAGUGUCAAGAGGGUUUCCUCCUGGCAUUCGAACACUACAUUAAUUACAGAAAACACCAUGUUGCACACUUUUGGCCAAAACUGCUGAUGAAAGUGACAGACCUGCGAAUGAUUGGAGCCUGCCAUGCCAGCCGCUUCCUGCACAUGAAGGUGGAGUGCCCCACAGAACUGUUCCCUCCGUUAUUCCUGGAAGUGUUUGAGGAUUAGAGAGACUGAAGCAGUUCUCUACACCCCCAUCGCACUACUGGCUGUCAUUUCAUCCCGUUGCCCAGUUCUUCUCACCUGUUUGUUCUUCUUCUUUUGUGGUCUUCUGUUUCUGGAGACCGGGGCUGGGGUUUUGUUUGGGUUUUCUUUUGGGGGGCAGUUGUAUACACAUGGAUGAAAAUAUCCCUUUAAUGCGGGUACUUGUGACUAUUGCAAUUUGUUCUACAGUCCUUUGAUGUGAGUGCUUUGACAGCUUAACAGUGAAAAUACAAACAGACCAAUCUCAUUCACCAGCAUUUGCGUGGUCACCAGCUCACACCCAUAAUUGCCUGGAAAAUAGGGGAGAAAGACUAAAGUGGCAGAAAAAAAUUUGCCUUCAAGUUGAAACAGCUAUUGUUAAUUUGACCCUGACAGUUCUGUCUUGUAUUACCUCCUUUUGCAGGGUACAACUGACCAAUUAAUAGUAUGA